GUCUAUCACUACGCUGCUGACGGUACUAUUCAAACAACUCACCCAGACGGAACUGAGGAGAUCAAUUACGCCGAUGGUCGUCAGGAGAUUAUUCACGUUCGUCCAGAGAAUCCGAACACAUCCACCGAGAAUAACAAAGACCUAACUGUGAAACGAGCAAGUGAUCGUCAGUUUCGUCGAUUGCCCAAUGGUGAUAGGGAAAUUCGACUUCCGAACGGGCAACGUGAAAUACAUUCGGCCAGUGGCGUAAAGUGCCGCAUAUAUCCAGAUGGAACGACCAAAACAGUGUUUCCAGACGGCCGACACGAAACACGCUAUGCUUCCGGUCGCCUCCGUGUGAAAGACUCUCUUGGAAAUCUGUUGCUGGACACAAGAUUACCAAUGACCAGCCGUCCGUUUCCGGAUCCUCCCUGUAACUUACCCAGAGCUGCCAGUUUGUUUACACCAGAACAUGUACCUUAG